AAGCAGCCCAUCAAAUUUACAAAACCAAUGAUGUGUUGCACCCCCAAAUUCCAAAAUUCCUAAGCAUAGAAAAAAAAAGUGGAUAAAUUCUUUUUUUUUUCCCAAUAAAGCAAAGAAGCUAAUGGGCGUGGGCGUGGCAUCAUAGACAACUCUUCAAUUCACUUUUUCCCAGAUUCCAUUUUUUUCCUUUCUUCAAUAAUUUCCCACUCAUCCAAAAAAAAAAAAAAAGCUGCAACAACAGUAGUAGGCACGGCAGCAGCCACCAGCAACCUCCCUUUAUAAUUUACCUUCAAAACCCACAAACUCCUACUUGAAAAUGAUUGAGCUAUUUGAGUACCAACAACUUCUAUACGCCACAGAUGGAUUUUCACCUGCAAGAAUCAUAGGUAAAGGAUCUCAUGGAUGGGUUUACAAAGCAAUACUUGAAGACAAUCGAGUUGUUGCUGUGAAAAAGCCACUCUUAGAGAGUAGUUACUUGAAAGUGGAAAACGAAGCCCGGGUUCUAUGGUCUCUGCGCCAAAGCCCGUUGGUGGUUAACUUUCUUGGAACCACUCUGGACUCUCCUACUUACAAAUACAAGCUUCUGGUUAUGGAGUUCUUGCCCAAUGGCUCGCUUCAUGAUUUGCUACUCGCACCCGAACCUGCACCCAUCCCUUGGACCAGACGGCUCCAUAUAAUCACGCAGAUCGCACGUGCCGUGCAUUUUCUUCAUCAAGCUAACCCUUUGGUCAUUCAUAGAGAUAUCAAGGCUGAAAAUAUCCUCUUUGAUUCUAAUUGGGAUCUCAAAUUGGCGGAUUUCGGGCUGGCGGUGUCCGCGGUGGCGUCCAAUAGCGGCGGCAAACCAGCUGGAACAAUCGGGGGCGGCGGUACACCCGCCGGAACAAUCGGGUAUUUGGAUCCAAGUUACACGACGGCAAGCAAACUAAGCACAAAAAGCGACGUGUUCAGCUUCGGAGUGGUUGUGUUAGAAGUGAUUAGCGGUAGAAAAGCAAUGGAUAUUUCAAAAUCCCCGGCUUCGAUAGUGGAGUGGGCGAGGCCAUUGAUAGAAAAGAAAAAAUUCGAAGAAAUUUAUGACGGGAGAAUGGCGGUGCCGCAGUGGGCGGAGGGGAGGCUGCAGAAAGUGGCGGAAUUGGCCGGGCGAUGUGUUUGUAUGGAGCAGUGGCUGCGGCCAUCCAUGGCGGAGAUUGUGGAAGCCAUGGAAAUGGAAAUGAGUGGUUGUUUUUGGUGUUGUAUUCAAUUUCAACCACCAAAAUUCUUCAGAUUCAGAAUCAGAAGACGGCGGAAAAAGAAGGGACUUGGUCAGAUGUUGGAAAGUGUUAUGUCGUUGUCGUAGAGGAAGUGCUUACAAAAACAAAGGGCUGAAGAAGAGCAGUUCAAUUCCGAAAAUGGACAAAACACAAAGGCUAUCGGUAUUAGUUGGGAUUUCAAGCAUUAUGGAUGAUGUUGAAGGUAGGCCUAUGGGCUCUCUCUCCACUCCACUAUGAAACCUCAAAGCUCAAACAUAAAGUCUAAAUUUGAAUGGUCGUUGUAAAUAAUUGACUAGGCAAUACUCACAUAAUUAAAUAUACCCAUUCACAUUAUUCAAGGUCUCAACCACUAUUUUAUAUCUACCACCUCACAAAACCCAAUAAUUCUCUCCUCAUAAUAAAAUGUCUACACCUUUAUUAGAAA